AUGUUGGUGGGGGAGAGGAGAAAUGGCAACCUCCUGGUACAGCUGGAUCCAAAGCUUCAGGCCCAGCCUGUGGAGUUAUUGCGGCAGCGGUUGAGCCCAGAUGGCCACACUGAGUAUCUGAUCCGUUGGGCAUUGCAAAAUGUGGAGGAGACUGCAGGAAGUGGAGGAACCACCUCACAGGCAGAGAGCAAGUCCCCAAAUAUCCUGAUGUGGAUGUCGGCAGAGGAAGUGUACACCAACUGCCCAACUCUGCUGGGAAAGCGCAAAUCUGAGGGGCCGGGCAUCGCAGAAGAAAAGCCGUCUGGGUCCCCUGAUGAAGGGGCUCUGCAGGAGAUGACUGAGGAUGUUCGGAUGCUGGUUCAGAGAGCCACCAGGCAGAUGUCCCAGGACUCCGGUCCUGAUUCCUCCAUCCUCAACACCAUUCAUGUGCUAAGUGCCUACGCCAGCAUCGGCUCUCUGGCUGGAGUCUUCAAGGAGACCGGAGCUCUGGACAUGCUCAUGAAGAUGCUUUGUAAUCCAGAGAAGCAGAUUCGCAAGAACGCCGGCAAGAUGUUACGCGCUCUGGCAUCACAUGAUGCAGGGAGCCGGGCCCACGUACUGCUCUCGCUCAGUCAGCAGGAUGGCAUAGAACAACACAUGGAUUUCGAGUCGCGGUACACCUUGUUGCAGCUCUUUGCUGAGACCACCAGCUCAGAAGAACAUUGCAUCUCCUUUGAAGGGAUACAUCUCCCGCAGAUUCCGGGGAAGCAACUCUUCUCACUUGUGAAACGUUACUUGUGUGUCACAUCCCUGCUGGACCUGCUGAGCAGUGACCGGCCAGAUCGCGGCGAGAUGUCCCGGCUGCAGCGCCAGUUUGAUUUCAGCAUGGCCAUGGGCAGCCUGAUCUGUGAGCUGGUACGGGUGAUGGGUUGGGUGAGCGAAGAAUCUACAGAGAAAGAAAAUAUCUCAGACUAUGAACAACUUCCUCGAAUCAUUCGUUCCAUCUUCCAGCCCAAGGUUCCGGCCUGUACCAGCUUCCAGGUGGAGUCUAGUUCUCAGAUACAUGCCACUGCUUCCAUGAAGAAACCAGCAAAGAUGUUCCUGGAGCCGUCAGACUUUGCCACACGAAACGCUUAUGUUGAUUAUGUCCAGGAAUCCUUAAAACAAGGGAUGACUGUGAAGAUGUUGGAAGACUAUGAUGAGAUCUGUUCUGGAGAUGAGGGUGUCUUCCGCCAGUGCAAUAAUGGAAUGCCACCUGUUCAGGUCCUCUGGAGGUCCACUGGCCGCACCUACUGGGUCCACUGGCACAUGGUUCAGAUACUUGCAGAGCAGGCUGAUGAAGAUUGCGCAGACAGAGCUUCAACUAUGGCUGAAAGUGUGAAGGUGUCACCAGUGGCCCAGUAUUUUCCGUGUAAGCCAUGUGGCACCAUGUACUCCCUACCAUAUCUUGGCAUUGUAGCCUUCGAGGAGAGAGGAAUCCUGAGGCAGGAUGAGUGGUGGGAGGUCCUCUUCUUUAUUCGAAGGCUGGAGAUUCAGGAGCAGAAUGAGGUCUACAAAAUGAUAAGACAUAACUUGGAGGAGCUGCAUGGCGCAGAUGAAGCAUCCCUCAUAAAGGCCUCCGUUUCAGUAGAUCUUGCCCAGAAGAUUAUGGAAUUUCUCCGGGAACAUUUCCACGGCUCUAACCUAAAAGACUUGCAGAGUUCUCAUGUCUAUCUAAAAUAUCUACACCGUCCCAGCACAGUAGCCAGGCUGACAUCCUGUUCCAGUUCCUCCGCACAGGAUAACUCCGUGUCUGGUGUCGCGGUUUCCAAAAAAACAAAGAGUGACGAAACUAAAAAAGCUAACAAGGCUGAAGCUGGUCCUUCAGAGCCCACGGACCUCCAGGUCCUCCGCAGACUUCUCUCUCUGGAAGGAAUUCCACUCAGCCUUACAGCUGAGGAUAAGAGCAAAGGAAUUGGAACCUUCUGGGGCUCUUCACCCAGAGUUUGUCUGGAGUUGUUGACCGAGAUGCUGGACAAGGUGAAACGGAGUGUUUGUGCGCCUGGGGCCCUGGGCUUCAUUGUUCAGAUCAUGGAGCAACAGCUUGGUGAGGAAGCUCAUGGUAUCAAGAUGGAGGGGCGGACAUCAUGCAGGGACAAGAUUGUAAAGCUGCUGGUGGAACUUCUGACAUCGCAUCCCAAGGACAAGGUGUUGGUGUUGAUGUGUCUGCAGUUGACGUACCUGGUCAUGUGCAAGUAUGACUGGCGUGUCCUCUUUGCAACAGAGGGAGGGGUGAGAGCUGUGCUGGGGUGUAUGCAGGAACAUAACUCCUCUGCUGCCAUCCAGCAUAUAGGGCUUGUGGUCCUGAAGGUGCUGACUGGUGUGGACGGUUCUGAUCCUCCAGGAUCUUCCAAAUGUAACAAUCUAAAUCCAGGG